GCUCCUCCAUUUCCCCUCCGUCACUCCCUUAUCUCCCCACCGAGCUUCCUCUCCCUAAAAAUCUCUUGGGCCCUUUCCACUUUCCAUUCUUUAGACUGCGAAGAUCCUGGCGACUUCUCCGUUUAGCUACGGCGAACAGCACAGCCGCGUCCAUACGCUCUGACUGGAACACAUACGCACGAGCACCGGCACACGCAGACAGCACGUUUCCUGUCCCUGUGUGACACCCACCCUCGUCUCGCGGACGCGCCAGUCCCCGAGCGUUGCCCUCCUCCCGCCACACACACACACUCACACACGCACGCGCGUGCAGGGUCGAGCCAAAGCCAGCUCUCCUGCAUCCACUCGGAGGCGACCGGCGCCAGUCUCGCAGAGCCCAUGGCCUCUCCCGGCUCCGGCUUUUGGUCCUUCGGAUCUGAAGAUGGCUCUGGGGAUCCCGAGAACCAGGGUACAGCGAGAGCUUGGUGCCAGGUAGCUCAAAAGUUCACCGGCGGCAUCGGAAACAAGCUGUGCGCUCUGCUCUAUGGAGACUCUGAGAAGCCAGCAGAGAGCGGCGGGAGCGUGGCCCCGCGGACCGCCACUCGAAAGGUCGCCUGCACCUGCGACCAAAAACCCUGCAGCUGCCCCAAAGCGGAUGUCAACUACGCAUUUCUGCACGCAACAGACCUGCUACCAGCGUGUGAUGGAGAGAGGCCCACUCUGGCGUUUCUGCAAGAUGUUAUGAACAUUUUGCUUCAGUAUGUGGUGAAAAGUUUCGAUAGAUCAACUAAAGUAAUUGAUUUCCACUACCCCAACGAGCUCCUUCAAGAAUAUAAUUGGGAAUUAGCAGACCAACCACAAAAUUUGGAGGAAAUUUUGACGCAUUGCCAAACAACUCUAAAAUAUGCAAUUAAAACAGGGCAUCCCCGAUAUUUUAAUCAGCUGUCUACUGGAUUGGAUAUGGUUGGGUUGGCAGCAGACUGGCUGACAUCAACAGCAAACACUAACAUGUUCACCUAUGAGAUUGCUCCUGUAUUUGUGCUGUUAGAGUAUGUCACACUAAAGAAAAUGAGAGAGAUCAUUGGCUGGCCAGGGGGCUCUGGAGAUGGAAUAUUUUCUCCUGGUGGCGCCAUCUCCAACAUGUACGCCAUGCUUGUCGCCCGCUACAAGAUGUUUCCGGAAGUCAAGGAGAAAGGAAUGGCUGCUGUGCCCAGGCUCAUUGCCUUCACGUCAGAGCAUAGUCACUUUUCUCUCAAGAAGGGAGCUGCAGCCUUAGGAAUCGGAACAGACAGCGUGAUUCUCAUUAAAUGUGAUGAGAGAGGGAAAAUGAUUCCAUCUGAUCUUGAAAGAAGAAUCCUUGAAGUCAAACAGAAAGGAUUUGUUCCUUUCCUUGUGAGCGCUACAGCUGGAACCACUGUGUAUGGGGCUUUUGAUCCCCUCUUGGCUGUUGCUGACAUUUGCAAAAAGUACAAGAUCUGGAUGCACGUGGAUGCAGCUUGGGGUGGAGGGCUGCUGAUGUCCCGGAAACACAAGUGGAAGCUGAGCGGAGUGGAGAGAGCCAACUCUGUGACAUGGAAUCCACACAAGAUGAUGGGAGUCCCUCUGCAGUGCUCGGCUCUCCUGGUUAGAGAAGAGGGACUGAUGCAGAGCUGCAACCAGAUGCAUGCUUCCUACCUCUUUCAGCAAGAUAAGCACUAUGACCUGUCCUAUGACACCGGAGACAAGGCCUUGCAGUGUGGGCGCCAUGUUGAUGUCUUUAAACUAUGGCUCAUGUGGAGAGCAAAGGGGACUACUGGGUUUGAAGCACACAUUGACAAGUGUUUGGAGCUCGCAGAGUAUUUAUACAAUAUCAUAAAAAACCGAGAAGGCUAUGAAAUGGUGUUUGAUGGAAAGCCUCAGCACACAAAUGUGUGCUUCUGGUACGUGCCUCCCAGUCUGCGUGUUCUGGAAGACAAUGAAGAAAGAAUGAGCCGCCUCUCAAAGGUGGCGCCAGUGAUUAAAGCCAGAAUGAUGGAGUACGGCACCACAAUGGUCAGCUACCAACCCCUGGGAGACAAGGUCAACUUCUUCCGCAUGGUCAUCUCAAACCCUGCGGCAACUCACCAAGACAUCGACUUUCUCAUUGAAGAAAUCGAACGCCUGGGACAGGAUUUGUAAUCACCUCCCUCAUCAAACUGUUGCAAUUCUCUAGGUAGACAGUUAAGUUGUCACAACUGUGUAAAUGUAUUUGUAGUUUGUUCCAAAGUACAACUAUUUCUAUAUUGUGGUGUCACCGUAGAGUACAGUUAAAAAAAAUCAAAGCAAACAAACAAAAAAGAAACAUUGCUCCUUUUAAAAAUCCUUUCUUAAGUUUAGAAUACCUCUCUAAUAAUUAGUGACAAAGGCUAUAUGUUCUAAUCAGUAAGAAAAAGCAUAAUGUUGUUAUAAAUACUUCCCUUUUAAUAUAGUAUGCUAAUCCAACUUUAUUUUCCCGUCAGAGCAGUAGUACUGAAUAGUGCCGAAUCACCCUUGAAUCAUAAAAGGUUCUCUGGGUGCCAACAAAGGACAAAGUAAAUAUAAAGUGUAUACUGACAAUAAAAACUCUUGCCUUUUUCAUAGUAUUAGAAAAAGAUUUCUAAUUUACCUAUAGCAACAUUUCAAAUGUAUUUAAAUACAUAUAAUUUUACAAAAAGAAAAAUAUAUAUUAAAAGAAAUCCUAUUUUGUAACAUAUAGAUUUUAUUUUAUAUGGGUUAUACAAACUGCAGGGGCAGAUAUGAAACCUAAGCCAGAUUUAUUUCUUUAUUUUUUUCUCUCUUUAUUUUCAUGGAGGCACAAUAAAACAUUUUAGCAUGGUAAUUUUCACAUAGAAACCCACCAAAUUCUUUAAAAGUAUAGUAACUUACUUUAGUAUAUAUUAUGGCUUAUCAUAUCUCUAAAGGUAGUAUUUCAAAACAAACACACACGAAAAAAACCCAUGAAACUUACUGAAACAAUUGAUCAGAUCAAUAAUGAAGACCCUGUUUCUGUUUGGGCUUUGCACUCAUUGGCCCUGGAAGACCCGCCCUAUAAUCCCUGCCUGGUCCUGGAUCCAGGCAAGCAUGCCCAUUCUACUUUCCCAAGUAGCCUGCUUUGAACAGAAGGUUGAUAUUAGUUCUUGAAGUGUUUUUUCAAACCAUAUUCUUUUGUUAGAUCAUCUGGAUUAAUUAAGAAAAUAAACUAAAAAUAAAACCUAAUCAGCCCAAGCAAGGGGAGGGGGUGAGUAGCACUUAAGUGUGAUGAGCUCAGAAUAUUAAACCCACCACGGGAGAGGAGACCUCUGUGUGACAGCAGUGGCUUCAUCCCAAAUGCCAUUUUGCUGCUUUCUGGAGAAAGGGUCAUUUGCAUCAAGUAUAUGCUCUUGUUUGAAUCCCUUCUUCAUCCCACACUUUAACGCCUCUCCUGCUAGACUCCCUACCUCCAGAUCCUCAAUAAUGAUUUAAUAUCCCACGUGGCUGUUUCUUUCCUGAAAUGAGUUCCUUGUUCAAACAGCUUCAAGACAGCCUGAGAUCUUUUAUCUGCCUCCCAUCAAGAUCCACAGUGACCAGAAUAUGCAGAGAUCACUAAAACUCAAAAUAAUAUUUUUAAAAGUAAAUUUCUUCCCCUGCCAACUUUAUGGAGAGCUAUCUACAGCUCCCAUGAUAACUUUAGAGUCACCUAGGAACAGACCUAAGCACUGGCCUUUUACAUGCAAAUGGCGGGUGCAGGUCUGGAAGCAUUUUCCCACUCCAUAUGGAUGGGCAUUUCAAAACUCAGAAAGACUACAGGAACAAAGAAGGCCCUGUCCUUACCUAUCACAAAUCUUCAUGACUUUGCCCCAGACUUCAUUUGAUCAGGCUGUGCAAACCUACUGGUCCUUGGUAUGAAUGUGGUUUUAGGCACUUGCUGUCUAGAAAGCCAAUGGAUUUCAUGGAGCACUGAAGCAAAAACUCCCCGCGCAUGAGUUAAUAAAGGAAUAGCCUCCCAUGGUAGGUGCCUUCUAAUGGCAAGCUUGCUUUUCCUUUCUAUAAACUGGCUGCAGAGAGCUAACCAACAGCUGCCUAUCCAUCUUCAGCCUUGGGCCAAAAGUUGUCACUCCACAGGAAGAGACAGUCAUCUAUCAGACCCACUGUCCCUCUUGAGAAGGCAGCAAGAUCUAGUGUCCUGAUCAAGAGAAACUUAGCCCUUGGGGGACAGACUUGGUAGCACAAUCUGGCUUCUAGCUUGGUGAGAUGACAGGCCUUGUAUUCUAGAGAAGGAAGCAAAUGCAAACUUAGCAGGUCCCGAUCUUUUAAUUAUAUCUGCCAUCCACUUGAGAGAGAAGAAGGGAUGAUAGGAAGAAAACAGAAUAAUGGAAGGAGAUUGUACUGAACAUUGGUCCGAAUUCCCAGUGCCAAAGGUCUUUCCUUAUCUGUGACCUAUUUUUUUUUUCAUUUAAAAAGCAUUGGUUUCAGCUUUAAUCAGAAUUGAUAUGACCACUUUUAUUUACACAGCAAUAUUUCAUUUAUUAUUUAAAAUACUUGAAAAAAGUGCAGUGUGUGUUUAUCUGAGAUCUCUAAAUGGUAUAGAGUUCAUGUACUGUCACAGGAUUUGAGUAAAGAAAAAAAAUUGUGUGUGUGUAUGUGUGUAUGUGUGUGUGUGUAUUGCCUUUAGUAUGUUGUUAGUACAGUCUUGUCACCUCAGAUUGGGGUUGUGCACUUUAUAUUGAAUUGUGUGGUGUUGCAAAUUAACAUGUGUUGCUGUAAAAGCUUGCACAAUUAUCAGUAUGUCUUCUUCUAUGUGGUAGCUCUAUUGAACUUUGACCUUUGAGACUAUGAGUACUACAUUUGCAUCAGUCCCAGUUCUCACCCUCCCACACCUCCCAAGCUGUGUGCCCUCUCCAUCAGCUGUUGUAGAGAACAUAGCCUCAGCUAAGCCCCACCCUAAGAAAUCCCUUUGAGGAUUGUGUGAUUGCACACAAACGCAAAGUGAACACCAUUUCAUCUCUGAGGUUAGAGAAACCAAUUACAGAGUGUCACAAGCUGCUGAUACUGCAGGUGUUGACUCCGUGGGGACUGGGAGUAGGUGCUGCUCCACAGAGCGUGGACAAAGGAAGCACAGGUGUAAAUAUAGUAGCAGGACAAAGAAUCAAAGACAUCAAGCCAGGUAUCGUCUUGCACGUGCUUUUCUGUUUUCAAGUGCUAAGUGCAAACGCUGUGUAUUAACUAGUUGCGUGUGCCAAGAUCUUGUUACCAA